CUCCUUGGCAACAAGAGAUACCCCCUCUCGCCGCCCCCCCCCCUUUCCUUUUUCCUUCUGGUUCUGAACGUGAAACCCUGUUGGAAACAGGUCUCUUGACCCUCGCCCUUGACAUUCAAAUGGCUGAAUGGAGGAGAGAUUGCUACUCGCACGUCUUGGGGGCUGCUUUUCCCCCCCUUCUCUCUCUUUUCCUUUCAAAUGAGUAAUCCCUGAAGAUCUUAACCCCCCAAUUUCAUCACCCUCACCCCCCCCUUUAUUUUUCUCUCGCCCUCUUCGCUCUCCCGCCUGCUUUGCUCCUCUGUGCUACCCCCUCCUUUUUUAUUUGCAUCUCAAGUCCAAAAGGCAGAAAAUACACACGCGGCGAAGACACCCGGGCAGCCGUGGAGGCUCCGGCCGGUCCCUAGUCGUCAAUUACCUCACUGUGGAUCUGCGAGGGUCAAGGUGGCCGAAACUGCCCGGGCGCUGGCCAGAGAGAGCCUUUUGAUCAUCUGGGGGAGAGGGGGGAAGGACUGAUUUUUUUUCCCCCCCCCGUCGCUCUUGGGAUCGCUCUUCUGCCUUUAUUUUAUUGUUUUGGACAUUUUUGAGCACCGUGGCUUGGACAGUGCUUUUUGUUUCAUUGCUAGGCAUUAAUAUUUUUUUCCUUCUUCAUCCCUCUCUGGCCACUAUGGAAUUCUAAACUGAACCAUGUUUGGAUUGAAGCCACCUCUGUAUUACUUACCAGGCAUGAGCCAUGAGCCCAAGUCCCCUUCACUAGGGAUGCUUUCCACCGCGACCAGGACCACCGCCACCGUCAACCCCCUCACCCCUUCGCCGCUCAAUGGCGCCCUGGUGCCCAGCGGCAGCCCGGCCACCAGCAGCGCGCUGUCGGCCCAGGCCGCCCCGUCCUCCAGCUUCGCCGCCGCGCUGCGCAAGCUCGCCAAGCAGGCGGAGGAGCCCAGAGGAUCUUCACUGAGCAGCGAGUCGUCCCCUGUGUCCUCUCCAGCCACCAACCACAGCUCUCCCGCCAGCACGCCCAAGCGCGUGCCCAUGGGCCCUAUCAUCGUCCCUCCUGGGGGCCACAGCGUCCCCAGCACGCCCCCCGUGGUGACCAUCGCCCCAACCAAAACCGUCAAUGGCGUCUGGAGGAGCGAGACCCGGCAGGAUGCCAGCUCGAGGGGCAGCAGCAGUGGCCGGGAGCGCCUCAUCGUGGAGCCCCCACUGCCCCAGGAAAAGGCAGGGGCCCCAGCCAUCCCCUCCCAUUUGCUCAGCACCCCCUACCCCUUCGGCAUCUCCCCUGGCUCUGUUGUGCAAGAUUCCCGCUUCCCGCCGCUCAACCUCCAGCGGCCUGUGCACCACAUCGUGCCCCCCAGCACGGUGACCGAGGACUACCUGAGAAGCUUUCGUCCCUACCACACCACUGAGGACCUCCGCAUGUCCUCCCUGCCUCCCCUCGGCCUAGACCCAGCCACUGCUGCCGCCUACUACCACCCCAGCUACCUGGCCCCACACCCUUUCCCCCAUCCGGCCUUCAGGAUGGAUGACUCCUACUGCCUGUCUGCCCUGAGGUCCCCGUUCUACCCCAUCCCCACCCCCGGUUCCCUGCCCCCGCUGCACCCGUCAGCCAUGCACCUCCACCUGUCUGGGGUGCGCUACCCACCAGAGCUCUCCCACUCAUCCCUGGCAGCACUGCACUCUGAGCGCAUGUCCAGCCUCAGCGCAGAGAGGCUGCAGAUGGAUGAGGAGCUGAGACGUGAGAGGGAGCGUGAGCGUGAGCGGGAGGCCGACCGUGAGCGGGAGAAGGAGCGGGAGCGGGAGAAGGAGCGGGAGCGUGAGAAGGAGCUGGAGCGGGAGCGGGAGCUGGAGCGCCAGCGGGAGCAGCGGGCCCGGGAGAAGGAGCUGCUGGCCACCAAGGCGCUGGAGCCCAGCUUCCUGCCUGUGGCUGAGCUGCACGGACUGCGAGGCCACGCCACUGAGGAGCGGGGCAAGCCCUCAGAGCAACUGACCCCCACCCGAGCAGAGAAGCUGAAGGAUGCAGGCCUGCAGGCACCCAAGCCUGUGCAGCACCCCUUGCAUCCUGUGCCCACCCCGCACCAUGCCGUGCCUGGCCUCGUCUCCAACCAUGGCAUCUUCUCCCUGCCGGGCAGCAGUGCAGCCACAGCCCUGCUGAUCCAGCGCACCAACGAGGAGGAGAAGUGGCUGGCACGGCAGAGGCGGCUGCGGCAGGAGAAGGAGGAUCGCCAGUCUCAGGUGUCGGAGUUCCGUCAGCAGGUGCUAGAGCAGCACCUGGACAUAGGCCGACCCCCGGCGCCAGCAGAGGUGGAGCAUAGGCCUGACAGUGCCAGGCCUGGACCAAACCGUCAUGAGCCAGGCAGCCGAGACCCCCCACAGCACUUUGGUGGACCACCACCCCUGAUCUCGCCUAAGCCCCAGCACACUGCGCCCACAGCCUUGUGGAACCCAGUAUCUCUGAUGGAUAAUAGCCUAGAGACCCGGCGGGCUGAGAGCCACUCUCUGCACAGCCACCCGGCUGCCUUUGAGCCCAGCCGCCAGGCAGCUGUGCCACUGGUGAAGGUGGAACGGGUCUAUUGCCCAGAGAAGGCAGAGGAGGGGCCACGGAAGCGUGAGGCCACACCCCUGGACAAGUACCAGCCACCACCCCCAAGGGAAGCAGGGAGCCUGGAGCACCAGGCCUUCCCCCCUGGGCCUGGACCCUUCCUCACUGAGCUCGAAAAGUCUACCCAGACCAUCGUAGGCCAGCAGCGGGGCCCCCUCCCACAGGUGGCACCCUUUGGGGAACUCAGUGGACCCCUGAAGCCUGGCUCACCCUACCGGCCCCCAGCACCACGGGUCCCUGACCCCAGCUAUAUCUACGACGAGUUCUUGCAGCAGCGGCGGAGGCUGGUCAGCAAGCUGGACCUGGAGGAGCGCAGGCGGCGAGAGGCCCAGGAGAAAGGGUACUACUACGAUCUGGACGACUCUUACGAUGAGAGCGACGAGGAGGAGGUCAGGGCCCACCUGCGUUGCGUGGCUGAGCAGCCACCCCUUAAGCUGGACACAUCCUCUGAGAAGCUAGAGUUUUUGCAACUUUUUGGCUUGACCACCCAACAGCAGAAGGAGGAAUUGGUGGCCCAGAAGCGGAGGAAGCGGCGGAGGAUGCUGAGAGAGAGAAGCCCAUCGCCUCCGGUGGUGCAGAGCAAGCGGCAGACACCUUCACCGAGACUGGCCCUGUCCACCCGCUACAGCCCAGAUGAGAUGAACAACAGCCCUAACUUCGAAGAGAAGAAGAAGUUCCUGACCAUCUUCAACCUGACCCAUAUCAGCGCCGAGAAGAGGAGAGACAAAGAGAAACUUGUUGAAAUGCUCCGUGCCAUGAAGCAGAAGGCACUGUCAGCAGCAAUGGCAGACUCCUUGACAAACUCUCCGAGGGACAGUCCUGCUGUCUCCCUGAGCGAACCAGCCACACAGCCAGCCUCUCCGGAUACAGAUAAGCCUGUUGCUACUUCCUUGUCUGAUGUCCCAAAGGCCGUGGAGUCUGGGAAACUGGAACAGCUCCGGCCCCAGGAGCCAGCCCCUGCCAGUGGUGAGAAGGCCAGGCUGAGUGAGGCCCCCGGGGGCAAGAAGAGCCUGAGCAUGCUUCAUUACAUCCGGGGCACUGCACCCAAGGACAUUCCUGUGCCGUUGUCCCACAGCGUCAACGGGAAGAGCAAACCGUGGGAGCCCUUCAUGGCAGAAGAGUUUGCACAUCAGUUCCACGAGUCGGUGUUGCAGUCCACCCAGAAGGCCCUACAGAAGCAUAAAGGGAGCGUGGCUGUGCUGUCUGCAGAGCAGAACCACAAAGUUGACACAUCCGUCCAUUACAACAUUCCUGAGCUACAGUCCUCCAGCCGGGUCUCUCUACCCCAGCACAACGGGCAGCAGGAGCCCCCCACAACAAGGAAGGGGUCCCCCACCCAGGAGAUGGACCAGGACUCAGAAGAUGACGAUGAGGACGAGGAUGGAGAAGAGGACGAAGAAGCCCCCCGGCGCAAGUGGCAAGGGAUUGAGGCAGUUUUUGAAGCCUACCAUGAACAUAUAGAAGAGCAAAAUCUGGAGCGGCAGGUGUUGCAGACGCAGUGCAGACGGCUGGAGGCCCGGCACUGCAGCCUCAGCCUAACAGCUAAGCAGCUCUCCCUCAGCGUGGCGGAGUUGAGGAGCCAGAAACAGAAGAUUGUCUCAGAACGGGAGCGGCUCCAGGCGGAACUGGACCACUUACGGAAGUGCCUUGCCUUGCCUGCAAUGCAUUGGCCUAGGGGCUACUUUAAGGGAUAUCCCAGGUGACGGUUUCCCUUGCACUAGGCUGAACCUAUAGUAUAGAAAUAUUAUCUAUUUUAUUACCUUGAAUAUUUAAUAUUUUUCACUGGGAGGUUUGAAGCUUAAAAACUAAGAAUGUGCCAUGCAUGAAGCAAAGGAUUCCAGGCUCCAGAAAAGAAGAAC